GAGCAGGUGGCAGAGAAGCAGAGGAACGGCUGCAGAUUUGGGGGGAAAUCGGGACAGCAUAGAGUGGCCAAAACCAGGUAGCAAUAAUUAGAUAAUUGGUUUUGAUGGAUCUAACCGUGAGCAACAAACCACUUUCUCACCAACCCUCUUGUCGCCUUCGAGUUUCUCGACUCGACAUCAAAGCAACAAAGCCAUUCUGCACUCGUCCAUCUUGUAUCCAUCGCGAGAUCAGCCACACUAUCUUCAGCUGUCUGUCUAUCGCCACUGCGUCGCGAGUUGCUUGUCUGUGCUCGGUGAUGCAUCAAGUACAGCAGUCCAUCACAGGAACUCUUUGAGGUCCGAUAUCUUUUUCGAAUAGAAAAAAAAAGUUCGAUUUCGUUAAGAAAAGAUUUCGCUUAGGCCUCAAAACCGCGUUCCCAAAAAGUCUCUCCCCCCGCGUCCCGAAUCUCCAAAACGACAAACGACUAGGUCUAGAUUACGAAUUUACCGACAACGGGAUCGCGACCGAAGUCCCCGGUAGUGCCCAGACUCGCGCUCUGCUGACCCCAUUAAUCACUAAAACUUCCCAUUUCUCUGGGAUUCCUUUCUCUUUGUAAAAUAUAAACCGAACAAAAACUGCAAGUCGGGAAUCGCCAUUUACGCGUCUACUGUCAUCGCCUCCGCAGAAAAAAACCCGGAAUUCCUCGGCACCGUCUCUGCAACCGCGCGCGCAACAGGGGGGGAAAAGCUACAAGUUGCGAAAUUCCCACACGCCGUCGCAAACCUCUCGAUUGAGCCCACAACAAGCAAAAGCCCAAGUUUUCCUAAACAGCCACAAAACUAAAAGGAGAAGGAAGCGAGUCACAAAAAAAAACAGAGAACAAGAAGCGCAAAACAAGACAAAAUUCGCGCGAGCCAGUACCAAUGGGUUUCAUGUGGAGAUAAAUAGGACUUUUUGUUUGAUACAUCGUUGUUGUGAGGAUAUCGAGGGUAGGUCUGAGUCCCUCGAUUGCCUUGCCCCCGGGGUAGAAAGAUAAAAAGACAAGCAAACAAACAAACCGGGGAAGAAGACGCGGGCUUGCAAAGCAAAGCAACCAGCCAGGCAAUCAAAAGCCCGGGCAGAAAUGGAACCGUCAAAUUUUCAUUCGACGGUGCUGGCCCGUCCGCCUGGCAUGUAUGAUGAGGAUGAUGAUCACAGACGGCGCCAACGCGACAUUUUGAAUCCACCAGCGCCCAGCCAGACCGGUCCAGGUUCUGGUGGCUCUUCCUCUGCUGGUGGUCCACGUCCCCCUUUCAGCCUCCGGUCACCACCACAAUCCGAAUUCCAUCAUCAAUCAUCGCAGCAUCACUAUUCCGCAUCAUCGACGGCGUCCGUCCCGCAGUCGAACUACAACGGCACCCACAACGGCGUGCCACAGUCACAUUCGCACUCGCGCUCCAACUCGCAUUCGCGACCCUCGUCCUCUUCGGUCCUCCAUAGUCCUUACCAACAAGCAUCUACAGCUUCAAGACCUGCACAUGCCCUUGAUUUACAUCGGUCGCCACAAGCAUCGGGUUUGCAGGCGCCGCAGCGAUCGCCAGGACUGCACGCGCCUUCGGUAUACUACUCCCAAGACUCCCGCGAGCAUCACCCGCCGCCACCGAAGGCAACCGACAAACCCGCGUCGAGCGGUAGGAGUUUUUAUGACCCUCUAACCGACACGACGACGACUUCGACCAUAGACCGGGAGAGAAGGACCUCGGAUGCUGGAAGCUCAUGGCACAACGCGACGACGACGAACGCGGUGUCGACCCCGUCUCAUCGUGACGCGUACAGCAGUUACUCCAAGCCGGUUGCAAAUUCAACCCCAUACUACGGUAACGGAAAGUACACAUCACCUACAACCUCAAGUUAUCCUCCACGAAGUCCAGCUUCACACCCGCAAUCAGUGACUGCUGCAACUACUGAGUCAACAAGCCCCUCUACCCGGCCGCCCCGGAUGGCGACGCCGAAUAUAUUGAAUCCGACGACGACGAGUUCAAUGGCUGCAAUGUCGCAAACAGAGUCGCCAGUCCAAAAGGCUGCAGUUCCUGCUGCGACGCCAAGUCGUGCUGCUGAGCUCAUGUCCUUCUCCAACAUCCUGUCCAGUUCCGAGCCUGCACCAAAACCCCGGCCGAGAUCACCCGUGCUCGCAGAAACACCCAACAAGGAACCCGAACCCGAACCUGAGCAGGAGCCUACAAAAGAAGCCUCCAAAGAACCAUCACCUCAACCAGCGGAUAUGGAUGAGACGAGCGAUUCACCGGCUUGCCCCGAAAAGCCCGCCGAGGUUGAUGCCGAGACCGAGCCCGAUGCGGAAAUGCACGACGAUGUCGACACCGUCGAUGGUCUUGAAGAGUCCGAAAAGCCAGAACCUCCAAUUAAGCGUGAGAAGAGCGCCAAGGUCGAAAAGGCACCCAGGCGGCCAAGGGUUGUCGAAAAAGAAAAGAAGGAGCGGGUAACAAAGGCACCUAGGAAGUCGGCAGGGGCUAAGGGUCGUGCAUCUGAGGUCAAGGCUGAGUCGACACCAAAGCAGUCUCGCCGCUCGUCUGGCAAACAAGAUGGCUUGGGUUCAUCACGUGUGCCUGCCAAGCGACAAGCCAAUGGCUUGACUAAACAGAAAGCUCAGGCUCUUGAGCAGGAAAAGGCCGUCAUAGCUGAGAUGGAGCAACUUGACGAAGAACUUCUAGACGAGGCCGAGGCGAGGGCAGAGUUACGAGCUUUCAAGAAGCGCAAGAUCAAUCGCCAGAAGGCCCUCGAGAUGACAGAUCUGUCAGUAGCAUCGGAAUUGCUCCCCUCACUCAAGGAUGAGGCUAUCAACCGGCACCACAGACGAUGCGAGUUCAGUGCGGAAAUGGUAUUGAAGUUGGGUGUCCAUGUCGCCCUUGGUAGGCUUCGAUUUGGUGAUCAAAACUACGAUGCUGCCCUCAAGGAGGUCCGCGAGCAGGAGCUUUUCGCUGAAAAGGAGCGCAAAAAGGACAUGCAACGGAAGAGACGGCGUGAGAAAUCUAUGGCUGUUACCAUUGAGCAAAAGGAAGCGGCUCUUGCCAAGGCUCAUGCCACUGAGGACAAGCUGGAACGACAGAAGCUUCUCCGCGAGGCUGAGCGGGCCAACAAGAAGGCUCAGCAGACCAAGCUCAUCUUGCAGAAGGGCAUCAAGGGCCCCGCACGCAACAUCACGCCGAUGGACAUGAACCUCGAUGGAGGAACAAUGGCUACAUUCUCAGCCGACAGCAUGGAACCUGGCAAGGGCAAAGGCAAAGGUCGUGCUGGCAACAGGCCCAAGAAGUCCAAGGAGCAAAAGCAAGCCGAGAAGGAGGCUGCUGAAGCGGCUCAGGCUGCUUUGGAUGCUGGUCAGGAGCUGCCAUCCAAGGAAGAGAACCCGAAGAUCCGCAUCAAAGUCAACAAAGGGAAGCUUUCCAAGGAUAAGGAUAGAGACGUCGAUGUCGACACCAUCGAUGGAGACAACGCAGAGACCAAGGAUCCAGAAGAGCCUCCACCCAAGAAGAAGGGCAAAGUCGUCGAAGAGGUUAAAGACAGCCUCGAAACUCGAUUCCAGUCCAAGGGUUAUAACCAGAUCUAUGAUCAGAUCUGGCGUGACAUGGCUCGAAAGGAUGUCAGCAAGGUCUACAGGCUCGCCACGGACUCCUACUACACCAAGGCGUCGAAUCUCAAGAAGACGGCGAUUCUUGCAGCCAAGGAGGCAAAGCGUUGGCAGCUGCGCACCAACAAGGGCAUGAAGGAUCUCCAGGCCCGUGGCAAGCGUGUCAUGCGUGACAUGAUGACCUUCUGGAAGCGCAACGAGCGUGAAGAGCGCGAUCUCCGAAAGGCCGCAGAGCGCCAAGAGCUCGAGAACGCCCGUAAAGAGGAAGCGGACCGCGAAGCUGCAAGACAGAAGAGAAAGCUUAACUUCCUUAUCUCCCAGACUGAGCUGUACUCUCACUUCAUCGGAAAGAAGAUCAAGACAGAUGAAGUUGAGCGCAGUACCGAUCGUCCUGAGGUGGCUGCUGAGGAGCAGAAGAACAAGCCGGCAGAGGAGAAAGCGCUCACCGUCAAGGAGCCCACAGGCCCUGUGGGAGCCAAGGUCACAAACUUUGAGAACCUGGACUUUGAUGCCGAAGACGACGAGACCUUGCAGGCCGCAGCCAUGGCGAACGCACAAAAUGCCAUUGCCGAGGCUCAAAGAAAGGCACGCAACUUCAACAACGAUGAUGAGCCUGACGAAGAUGGCGAGAUGAACUUCCAGAACCCGACUGGUCUCGGCGAUGUUGAGAUUGAGCAGCCCAAGCUCCUCACUGCUACUCUCAAGGAAUACCAGCUCAAGGGUCUCAACUGGCUUGUCAAUCUUUACGAACAAGGCAUCAACGGUAUCUUGGCAGAUGAAAUGGGUCUCGGAAAGACAAUUCAGUCCAUUUCAGUCAUGGCAUAUCUCGCAGAGCACCACGACAUUUGGGGUCCGUUCCUUGUUGUCGCUCCGGCAUCAACCCUGCACAACUGGGAGCAAGAGAUCAAGCGUUUCGUGCCCGACCUCAAGAUUGUUCCAUACUGGGGCUCCGCAGCUGACAGAAAGAUUCUGCGUAAAUUCUGGGAUCGCAAGCACUCGACCUACAAGCGUGACGCACAGUUCCAUGUCGCCAUUACUUCAUACCAGAUGGUAGUUUCUGACGUUGCCUACUUCCAGAAGAUGAAGUGGCAGUACAUGAUUCUGGAUGAAGCUCAAGCCAUCAAGAGUUCCCAGAGUUCACGAUGGAAGUGUCUUCUGAGUUUCCAUUGCCGAAACCGCCUGCUCCUGACUGGAACUCCUAUCCAGAACAACAUGCAAGAACUUUGGGCUCUGCUCCAUUUCAUCAUGCCGUCCUUGUUCGACAGCCACGAAGAGUUUAGCGACUGGUUCUCCAAGGAUAUUGAAUCUCACGCGCAAAGCAACAGCAAGUUGAACGAGGACCAGCUCAAACGACUACACAUGAUCCUGAAGCCUUUCAUGUUGCGUCGUGUCAAGAAGCAUGUGCAGAAGGAGCUCGGCGACAAGAUUGAGCUUGAUGUCUACUGUGACCUCACAUAUAGGCAGCGUGCAUACUACGCCAACCUGCGGAACCAGAUCAGCAUCAUGGAUCUGAUUGAGAAGGCCACCUUGGGCGACGACAACGAUUCGGGCACGCUCAUGAAUCUAGUCAUGCAGUUCCGCAAGGUUUGCAACCACCCCGACCUUUUCGAGCGUGCAGACACCAGCUCGCCUUUGGCGUUGGCAAGGUUUGCCGAGACAGGCUCGUUUGCCCGCGAGGGCAACGAUGUGACUGUUGGCUACACAACACGAAGUGUAGUAGAAUACAGUCUGCCGCGUCUUAUUUGGCGGGAUGGGGGUCGCCUCACCAAGGCUGGAAGCGACAACCCGUCGGCAGGGUUCAGAAGUCGUUAUUUGGGAGAGCUGAUGAACAUCUGGUCUUCCACCAACGUUCGCGAGAGCCUGGACGGUACCGAUAACUUCUCAUUCUUGCGGUUUGCCGACACUAGCAUGUCAGAGGCCGAGACGGCUGGCAAGACGGACUUGUUUGCUCGUGCCUCUGAACUGGCCCAACGACGGAACCGCUUGGCCCAUAUGCACGUUGCAUAUGACGAUGAGGAGGAGGAUAAGUUCACUCCAGCGCAUGCCCUCUUCCUUAUCCGGCAGAGGCAGGACAGGAGUGCCCUCUCGGAGAUUACGUCCGAGGGUGCACUGCGAAACCUAAUGAACGUAUCGCAUGUUAUGUAUGAUGAUGCCAACCUGCCGCGCAUGGAUCAGGCUGCCCGCCCGGGUGCAUCUGCCCCCCCGAUCGAGGUGGUUUGCCACACUUCCAGCGCCCAAAUCGAGCGCGAGCGCGUCUUGUUCAACGUACCAAUGCGCAAGGCACUGUUCGGCCCCAACCUCGACGAACAAAAGGAGUUUGUGUUGCAAAAGGUUCCGGUUGAGCAACUGCCACCGGCGCCACUACUUCCCAAGCCAGACAACGAGAGACAGCGUUUCACUAGCAUUACGGUUCCCUCGAUGCGCCAGUUCAUUACUAACUCAGGCAAGCUGGCCAAGUUGGAUGAGCUGCUGUUCAAGCUCAAGGCUGGUGGACAUCGUGUCCUACUCUACUUCCAAAUGACUAGGAUGAUUGAUCUUAUGGAGGAGUAUCUCACCUACCGCAACUGGAAGUACUGCCGUCUGGAUGGUUCCACGAAACUGGAGGACCGUCGUGAUACUGUACACGAUUUCCAGACGAAUCCUUCGAUUUUUGUUUUCCUUCUUUCCACCCGUGCCGGUGGUCUGGGAAUCAACUUGACUUCGGCAGAUACAGUCAUCUUCUACGAUUCUGAUUGGAACCCUACCAUCGAUUCACAAGCCAUGGACCGAGCACAUCGUCUGGGACAGACAAGGCAGGUCACCGUGUACCGCCUCAUUACACGUGGAACGAUUGAAGAGCGGAUACGGAAGCGGGCUAUGCAAAAGGAAGAGGUGCAGCGCGUCGUCAUUACCGGAGGUGCAGGUGCCAGCUCUGGAGUCGAUUUCUCUGGCCGUAGGGCGCCCGAGAAUCGCAACCGCGACAUUGCUAUGUGGCUUGCAGAUGACGAUCAGGCGGAGCUCAUCGAGAGGCGCGAGCGCGAGCUGCUCGAGAGCGGCGAGUUGGACAAGGUCGCAAAGAAGCGCGGUGGUGGCAAGCGCAAGAAGACUGCCAAAGACACAAGUGGCGAUGGCGGAGGCGUCAGCCUCGACGAGAUGUAUCACGAAGGUGAAGGAAAUUUUGAUGACAACAAGCUCUCUGGGGCAGCGACGCCUAAUGUUCCGGAGUCAACCGACGCCAAGCCUGGUAAGAAAAAGAAGGCAACGGGCAAGAAAGCCAAGACUACGAAACAGCGAUUAGCAAUUGCGGAUGGACAGAUGGAUAUGUAAAAACAACAGAAAAGUCAAAAGGGGAUCACUCUCUUUUCUUUUCUCCUCUAAUAGAUGGGAUCAUGGCUGCCUCUUGUGGCCGUUUUCAUUUCUCUCUUUUAUUUUUUUGUCUUUUUUUUUCUUCUUUUUGUUGGGCCUAAGGAGAUCCACGAGGGAGUUGGGAACUGGCUUGCUUUACCUCAGAUGUCUUAUUAUUGCAUAUACACACCGAAAGCUUCUUUUUCUUUUCUCCUUUAUUCUAUUCGGGAACUAGCAAGUUUCUCUCUUACAUUUUGGUCUGCUGAUUACCUGGUCUAUGGCAUGCCAGUACCCGGCUCACGCUAUUGGGCGGUCCCGGGGAAAAGUUUUGGUCUUUUGGUGUGAAGCACUGUUGGAGGUGGGUUUGUUCGUUUAUGACGAUGCUCUUCAACGGGAACCGUUGAUUUCCUUCAAACUUUUACUGGGCGGUGAACAACGAGGGUGGAUAGACUGUUUGUAAUCGAAAACACCUUAACACUAAAUCUAAAUACUUCUGCUGUUGAAAAUAUCGUUCGGGUUCAUGGCAUGGAUCUGACAUUGGAAAUCAAGUCAGACACAGGGGCUUGAAACAAUGGAAAGGAAGUGCCGAAGAUGGCAAAUAUUCCUUUGGCUGACGUCAACAACUUUCUGACCCGAUCGCCCGACAGUAACACCAUGGGCGAGGUUUUGACGGAUCUCGGCUCGUACGGAGUCGGGAUGGAACACCCUAUCUAUGUAUACAUAGAUAAAAGGUUCUUGGUGUCUACAAUGAUUAAGAAGCUCAUAUCAGAGUAUUUCUGCCCUUACCGACCAACCGGCCUGUCAUGACAAAAAGUCGCGGCAGCUGAGAGA